AUGAUAGAAAAAGCUGCUGGCAACGGGUAUUCGUGGUGGUGGGCUAGUCACAUUCGAACCAAACAGUCCAAAUGGCUCGAACAAAGCCUUCAAGAUAUGGAAGAGAAGGUGGAACAUGUACUGAACUUGAUUCAAAAAGAUGGCGAUUCGUUUGCCAGAAGGGCGGAAAUGUACUACAGACAUAGGCCGGAGCUAAUAAGCUUUGUCGAAGAAACUGUCCGUGCUUAUCGAGCUUUAGCCGAACGGUAUGAUAAGUUGUCAACCGAAUUGCAAAAGGCCAACACGACCAUUGCUGCGAUUUGUCCGGAAAAAGUCAUGUAUGACGACUACGACGAUGACUAUGCCGAUAGUCCCUCUAAAAUGCCCAAAAACACCUCUCAAAACACAACCAAGAUGCCCAAAAACUCGAAAAUGCCACGUAAAACCGUAAAGGGUCUCCUCAAAAACGCGUCAAAAUCGAUCCAAGGAACAAAGACGACUAAGACCGAUCGUUCAGAUGAUGUCUUGAGAUCUGGUUUGACAAAAGAUGAGGCACUUGAAGAGAUCAAUAAGCUUCAAAAGGAGAUAGUUGGGAUGCAAACCAUGAAGGAGUUCAUGAAGGGUUCUUAUGAAAGUAGUCUGGCUCAGUACUGGGAUACCGAAAGCAAGAUAACAGAACAUCAACAAAAGGUUUGCAGUCUACAAGAUGAGUUUCAAGUAAGCAGGAUCAUCGAGGAAGAUGAUGCUCGGACUUUAAUGGUGGAAGGUGCCUUGAAGUCAUGUGAAGAGACCUUAGAUAACUUACAGAAGACACAAGAGAAGUCGAGCCAGGAAGCUAAACAAAAACUCAAAUCCCUCAAAAACAAUGAAGAAAAGGAUGCCGAUGAGAAGUCAAAGUCAAAUGUCCCGAAUCAAGAUGACCAAAACGAGACUAAAGAAUGCUUUGAGAGUCUAUCAAAGAAUCCUCAAACAGAUGAAGAAAUGGCAGACACGAUCGAAAAGCUCGUGAACAAAGUAAUAAGCUUAGAGAGUUCGGUUUCAUCCCAGACUGCUCUUAUCAACAUGUUAAGAGCAGAAGCCGAUGAUCUACAGACACAGAUUCGAAAGUCGGAAGACAAUAAGGCUGCCUUGAUCGAUGAAGAUAAGAAGGUUAUUGAGGUUAAAGACUGUGUUCUUGAAUCUGAAGAUGACAUCAACUUACGAGAGAUGUUGAGUGGCUUUGAAGAAAAAGAAAAGAUUCUGCUUGAAGAGUAUAUUACCAUCUUAAGAAACUACAAGGAUACCAAGAAGAAACUGGCUGAAGAAGAGGAAAGAAACCAAGGAGCACUUUCUCCAGUAACGGGCCACGCCAGGAAAUUGAACUCCGAAAUUGUCAAGAGGGAUAACGAGAUUCGAUUGCUAAAACAGAAGCUGAAACUUCUCCAAGAAACUUUUGGUAAAGAUAAAGUAGACAUACCUUCAGAAGAGAAAGAGGGUGUUACCUCUCUUGAUGAACCUCAACCUGUUUCUGCAAUUCAAGAAAAGCUAAGAACAGAUAUUGAUGCCAUUCUUGAUGAGAAUCUUGAUUUCUGGUUCAAAUUUGGCGCUAUGUUCUAUCAGGUACAUAAAUUCACGAAACAGGUUCAAGAUCUGCAGGAAAUGGCUAAAAAGGUCAAGGCCAAUGGACUAAUGAAUAAAUCAAGCACAUCUAUGUUUACCACGGAUCUAAUAUCAAAUAUCAGGCCAAUAUAUAAGCACCUUAAGGAGAUAAAUAAUGAACUUACAUCAUGGUUAGAACGAAGCACAUUACUGAAAGAUGAAUUACAGAUGAGAUGCUUGUCUUUAUCCAACAUCCAAGAAGAAAUAACAAGGGCUUUGAGGGAAAGUCUGAAAGAGGAAGAAAUCAAGUUCGGUUCCCUGGUGGCUGCAAAGUUCCAAGGUGAAAUAUUGAACAUAAAACAAGAAAACAAUAAAGUUAAGGAUGAACUUCAAGCAGGUUUAGAUCAUGCCACCGCCCUUAAACACGAAAUACAGAUGACUCUAGCAAGGUUAGAGCAGGAGUUUGGCCUUGCUGACAUUCCGAAUCAACCACAUCAAAAGUCAACCCGGCGGUCAAGAAUACCCUUGAGGUCGUUCCUUUUUGGGGGUAAAUCAAAGAAGCCAAAGCUCUCCCUUUUUGCCUGCUUCGGCCAUCAUAAGAAAUCCAGUGUAUAUAAAGGUGGCCGUAUGUAAAUCUUUUUACGGGUUAUCAACCACAAUUGGGGAGUUCACCAAGCUGGUGUGGUAUACCCUUGAGGCC